GAACAUAUAAUCCAUAUGAUCGGAAAGUGGUUGAAGAAGAAAUAUAAACGAGCGCUUUAUGAUGCUCUGGAAAAGGUUAAGUCAGAGCUUAUGUUGCUGGGAUUUAUAUCGUUGCUCCUAACGGUAGGAUCAGGUACGAUAACAGGCAUAUGCAUAUCGGAGCGACUUGGAUCCACUUGGCAUCCAUGCCCUACGAAUCGAGAAGAAAACUUGGAUGAGCCGGCUGAAGAUUCAUCGGAGAACAAACAGCGCCGGAGACUUCUUAUGAUGUCUGAUUCCGGUCGAGUUUUCCGGCGGUCAUUGGCCGGAAGCUCAGAGGACAAAUGCGCUGAUCAGGGUAAAGUGCCAUUUAUUUCAUACGAUGCUAUCGACCAACUCCAUUACUUCAUUUUCGUGCUAGCCAUUGUCCACGUGAUUUACUGUAUUCUUACACUUGGAUUGGGCAGAGCUAAGAUGAGUAGGUGGAAGAGAUGGGAAAAGGAAACUGAAACUAUUGAAUACCAAUACACACAUGACCCGGAACGAUUCAGAUUUGCAAGGGAAACAUCAUUUGGAAGAAGACAUCUGAGCUCGUGGGCCAAAGUCCCUAUUCUAAUGUGGAUUGUUUGUUUCUUUAGACAAUUCGUUCGAUCAGUUCCUAAAGUUGAUUAUUUAACUCUUCGACAUGGAUUCAUGAUGGCACACCUGCCUCCCCAAAGCCAAAACAAUUUUAAUUUUCAGAAAUACAUAAAUAGAUCACUGGAAGAAGAUUUCAGUGUUGUUGUUGGCAUCAGUCCUCUAAUAUGGUUUUGCGCUGUGCUCUUCUUACUCUUCAACCCCCAUGGAUGGUACUCUUAUCUGUGGCUGCCGUUCAUCCCCUUGAUUGUGAUCCUGUUAGUGGGGACAAAGCUGCAGGUGAUAAUAACCAAAAUGGCUCUACGGAUUCAAGAGAGAGGAGAAGUGGUUCGAGGAGUGCCGGUCGUUGAACCGGGCGACGAUCUGUUCUGGUUCAACCGGCCCAGAUUCCUCCUCUUUCUCAUCAGCUUCGUUCUCUUUCAGAAUGCCUUUCAGCUCGCAUUCUUUGCAUAUACUUGGUAUGAAUUUGGGAUAAGUUCUUGCUUUCAUAAAGACUUGGCAGAUCUAGUAAUUUCAAUUUCAAUGGGGUAA